CCAUUUUAGACCAUGAUCAUCACCAACUUGACGCUCUCGAACAAGUGCAUGCCCUGCGCAGCUCAAAGAGUGAGAGCCAAAUUGCACACUCAACGCUAGGCUGGCGAAGAACAGUCGCAUGCCAGUAAUGUCCGCGUAGCUGGUGAUCAGCUUUGAGCGGACAACGCACGAGGCCGCCAUGUUGCGCUUUGUCUGGACAGCACAUCAGCGUGACGGCGAGUUCCCAGUCUACACCACGUCUUGGCCCGACAGCCACACAAGCACUGGUCAGGAAAAUUUUGAGCAGAUGGCUCAGGAUGCGACGUUCGACUCGCCUCAUGUGGCGUUGAUGUGCAAUCGCCUUGACCAGCGAAGCCUCUUACGGGCCACGCCUCCAAGCGGCUCGCACACCGUCGAGGACCUUGACGCAAGUUGUAUCGAGCAUUACCGAGAGCGACUUCGCUUCGCCUCUCGCAUCUCUACGACUACCAGCGGCUUUCCUAGGGAAGUCCAAGGCGAUCACCUUUCUGGAAUCUGUUGCUCGCCUCUCAACCUCGUGGAUUCGGCGGCCAAGCGUAUGGGUGCCGGGAUUGAUGAUUGCCAUGGCGUCUGGACGUUUGAACAGACGCGCGGGGAAUCGCGCUUCGAUAAGAUUGGCCUUCGCACCUGGACGAACGAGUCCGCACUGUGUGGCCUGCUGGCGUCGAUGUUAAGCGUCGCCAGCAAUGCUUUCAACGCGCUGCCAGUCGGGGCUGGCGAGGCAUCCGGACCAUCCAACGCCUCGUCCGCUCGGAGGCACGUUGUCUGGGCUGGAGAAGAUCUCACGGAUUUGCCGCCUUCUCCAGCCUUCGCCAAGGAAGUCAUUAGAACGAGAGCAGAUGCCAAAUGGGACUUCGCCUUGUUCAGCUAUUCGAUGGUGGAGGGGAACGCAACAGAUUGUCAAGACGUGCGCAUAAUCGCAAUUAUGGAAGUCAAACGAUACAUUUCCCUUGAGACGCUGGCUGGUAUAGUGGCGCUGGGCUCGGGCGGGUCCAAACCACCAGAAGUCUUAGGAGGAUCAAAAGCAUCGGCGUCUGCGCGGCUCUUGGCACAGCUAGUCGAAUACUGCAUGAGCACUGGUGCAAGGACAGGUGUCAUCUUCAGUGGAGCCUACCUCCAAGUCGUCGACAUGGAUGGCACAAAUAAGCCGCGCAUCACUGUACGGACGCCAUCCGUGGCACCUGCGUGUGGGCCUAUUCUCGAGACGCCAAGCCGAAGUGGCAACGACCUAAAGACUCGCUACAACCUGCCUUGCACGCUGUUGGCUCUCAUGACGCACGCGCUGGAGCGUGCAGAACGCUUAGGCCAAAGACCCAUUCUCCAAAAGCAUGCACUUGAUGAGAAUUCGGAUGAAUUUUACAAGCAUGUGGAGAGCUCAGGCAGCAGCCAAGACCGACCGUCGAGCCGUCAGCUGCGCUCUCACACGCGUCGUGUACGAUCUCGCCCAGCUCCGCGCGGUAGCGCUCAAGGUCUGCUGGAUGAGGCCAAAUUUCGUCCCGACGUCGAGCUUAGAGGUCUCCCCAUUGGAGGAGGUGCGUGCGCCAGGGUCUACCGAGCCUACGUGCUCUCGGGUCAAAUUAUGCCUACGUCUUCUGGCACCACGCUUCUUGCAAAGGUGUAAUGGCUUCGUGGACAAUCGUAUCAGCAUUACGAGGACACGUUUCAUCCUGUGGCACUUCAUGAGGCGCGCAUCUAUAGGGCCUUGGAGGUACUGCAAGGGGAGAGCGUGCCGCACAUUGUUGGGAUACUCACACAAAGUGCUGGAACUGAGCAACAGCUACAGCAAUGGUGCGAUGACAGCAC